CUACAAAAAAUGUAAACCUUCAGGGUCUUCUAGGAAUGUAUUCUAAAUGGGAAAAGUCCCAUGAAAUUCAGUUUUGUAAUGAUAAAAAUGAAAGGGUUGUAUUUUUUAGAAUCCUUCUCAGCUUUAUUGUUAAAUAUAGUAUGAAUUUGUCUCGGUGUUUGCUAUAGAAACACAAAAAGAAAUUAGAAACAAUAUAAAAGAUGCAAACAGUAAAUAAAGCAUGUAAAGUGUGGAUGUAAAUACCAAAGAAGAAGUAGUUAUCAUACAUGGUUGUGCUCAUAUAUUUACAGCAAUCAUUAACAGGAGUGCAACAGGGUAUAUCAUCUUACGUACUUAUUUAUUUUUUAAGUUAGAGUUCUAAAUCUUAGUUAAAGAUCAGCCUAGGAUAGUAUUUUAAGAAACUUCCAUGUUAUUCAUGGUUUAAAAGCCACAAGAUUCCACUGAGAGUUGAACUCGGAUCAUUGGAUUCAAAGACCAGAGUGCUAACCAUUACACCAUGGAACCACAGGAAUGAGGGGUGGUCCCAGUAUUUGAAGCGAGGACUCGCCUUUACAGGCUGAGAGCGAAAACUUUAGUGUAGCACAAGAGAUGCUCCAAACCUUGGUUCAAUGACAGGAACAACUUUUUUUAUAAGUGCAAAAUGAAGGGGUAACUUUCUGGUGUGCGUGCACAGUUAAAAUCUACCAGAAACCAGGUAGAAAUCAUCCCAAAAGACAUAAACCAAAGAAAUAACAGACCAAUAACAUGUGCACAUUAUUAUUGUGUUAUCUAACUUGUCCCUUUAACACUGUGUUGAGACCCAAGCUACACCAGGCCAAGAUACUCUAGUCUAUACUACAGAGUGAGAUGUAAUGUCUGUGUCUUAUAAUAUUGAUCCUUUUCACAAGAUAAGGAAACUAUAGAUCAGCUAUGAUAAACAAUGGAAAUGCCAUUUGGAUUUUUACACAGUUUGGGUCAUAUUCAUAAAAAACAUGCUAAAACAAUACUCGCGUAGCAUAUGUGAAGAUUUAGCUUUGGUGUUCCUGCAUCAUGGCCCAUCACUGCUCUUGCAUCCUGCUUCUGUCCUGAACCCCUACUCAACUGUUUUUAACAAGAUGAUCACAAGAAAUGCAAGUGUGUGCCGGAUGGACACCAGGGAUCAAUUUAACAAUGCAAACACACAAACCUCUAAGCUGUGACCAUAAAAGCUAUUUUCAGAUCCUGUCUUCUGAAACGCUCUUCCCACAGCUCAUAACUCACCCGGGUUGCUGUAAGCAUUACUCUCUGGAUACUUGUACAGCAUAUUCUUUCAGGGUUACUGUAUUAAAGUACUUCAGGUCUCCUACAUCUAAUCUAUAAUGCAUUCAUCUUUUCAUAUUCAGACUGAUGAAGUCUAAAUUGCUUGUCUGUGUGAAUGAGAGUGUUAAUGUCCUUGUGCAUUUAAUACUCCAGGAUAUCUGGGCCUUUUAGGGCUAGCAUACGUUUUGUAUGAGAAAUCACCAUGACAGCAGAGAUACAAUGUCACAUGAUGCGAACCUGACAGCCUCAGCCGUGCACGAACUACAUCCUAACCAGUAAAGGGCAGAUGUGGUCCAAAUUUAAUAGUUGAAAUAUAUCACUGGUAUUUAUUUUAGUGUUUGUUUUAGAAAAGAGUUACACUGUUUAUUGAGCAGACACUGGUCUUGAUGCAGCGCAGCCACAGUAUUUGCAAAGCAUCACACACUGCUCGACCCUGUAACGUCACCACGUCCCUACGUGCCCUGUGCUCAAGUCGAAAUUCUAAUGACGCGUUCAAUUGCUUUCAGGACAGAGCAUGUCCAUGUGGGACUUGCCCCAUUUUCCCCCAAGAAAAGUAAAAAUCAAAAGCAGUGAGCUCAUCGGUUAAGUAUGCAACUUGAUUUUGGAUUAGUAACAUCCUAACAUACCAGUCUUGAGGCAUUUAUUUCACAUAUUUCUGUGGCAUAAAUUGGAAUUCCCAUAUUCCGAGCAGCACCUGAAAGUAGCAUCAUUUUGCGUAUGAGGUCCUGGGCAAGCGAUGAAGCAAACAUGGUAAUGUUAUGAGUUUGGAGACGAUGCUCACCUUCCUGGCAACGCGAUUGGACAGUGGCGCGUCUGUGUGGACCCACACGGUUGUGUUUGAGCGAUGAACGCCCGUGUUUGUGGCCCCCCUGCAUACUUGGCGAUUAGGAUUGAGGUCUGGAGCCGAGUGAUCGAGGAUAGCGGAGCGCAGCUGACAGGCGAAUCCGCCGCCGCCGCCGCACUGGUAAACACACAGUCCCCUGUUGUGUGUGUCAGAGUCUCCCCAAAGCCAGCGACAAAGGUAGCGGCUGCAGCGAGCUGCGAUAGACAGGCGGACCAUCCGAGCGGAAAGCAGGUGGGCCAGAGAUGGGAAAUGACACCGCACUGCUCCAAAUUCAUCCGCUUCAACGACGGAGGAUGGCCCCUCCGGCAAAACACCCUCGGGGAGAAAACGCGUUGGUAAACACUGACACAACACUGUAACAUUUUUCACUACUCCUCUUCAUCCGACUCCCACGCAGCCACAGAGGGGCUUUUUUUUAUCGGCUGGAGACUGUUUGUGUUUGCAUCACUUUGCAGACAUGUCCUUCACAAUGGAGGAUAAUCUGGAGUCGGGCUGGGUAGCCGUUCGCCCGAACGCGUUUGAGGAGAAGGAAAAGCAUAAAUUUGUUUUCAUCGUGGCCUGGAAUGAAGUGGAGGGGAAAUUUGCCAUCACUUGUCACAACAGAACUGUUCAGAGGAGAAGCUUUGGCAGGGACAGCCUGGAUGGGGAUAAAACAAAAUGGCCCGAAAGUCCUGUCAGGGAUAAAGUGUCUCGGAGCCCCAGCAAAGGAGCCAGUCAGGCUGCGGCGAAAGGCAGCGGUCCGAAAAUAAAGUCUGCGUUAUCACCCAAACCCAGUCCUGUCAAAAUUCCCAGUCCCGAUGCAGAUGCGUUGAAGUCAUUCAGGGAGGAGCAGCUGCUGUCUCCUUCCCUGGAUCUCCUGGACCUGGAGGAGCUGGACGGCCUGAGCAGGGAGGACUGCAGCUGGGCCGGACUCUUCUCCUUCCAGGACCUCCGGGCGAUCCACCAGCAGCUGUGCUCGGUGAACUCCGUCCUGGAGCCGUGUCUCCCGGUGUUUCCAGAGGAACCCGCCGGGAUGUGGACGGUGCUGUUCGGCCCGGCGGAAGUACCCGAAACGGAGAUGGACGAGCUGUGCUGCAGCCUGCAGGUGUACCUGGGCCACGCGCUGGAUACCUGUGGGUGGAAGAUCCUUUCACAGGUGCUGUUCACGGAAAAAGACGACCCGGAUGAGUACUACGAGAGCCUGAGCGAGCUGAGGCAGUCCGGGUACGAGGAGGCGCUCAACCGUGCGACAAAACAUCUGCAAGAGCUCCUGGAGAAGCACAAGACCAUGGACAGUAUGGUGGAGCUGCUGGAGCUGUAUGAGGAAGAGGACCAGGCCUACGGAGGUGUGCUGGAGGCCUCCACACAGCUGUACCAGUACCUGCUGCAGCCCUUCAGAGACAUGAGGGAGCUGGCCAUGCUGCGCCGACAACACAUCAAGAUUUCCAUGGAGAACGACUACUUGGGCCCGAGGCGAAUUGAAGCCCUGAAAAAGGAGGACUCGGACUGGCAGAAGAAAGCUCAGGAGGCAGUCCUCAACAUCCAGGAGUUUACUGUAAAAUACUUUGAGAUCACUGCCAGAGCCCAGAAAGGGGUGUACGAGCGCAUGAAGGUGGACCAGCGCAAAUUUGGUAAAUCCUCAUGGACGGCGGCGGUGGAGCGCAUGGAGAGACUGCGCUACUCUGUCGCCAAGGAAACCCUGCAGCUCCAGAGAGCCAGAGAGAUCAGUCUGGAGCAGAGGAAACACACACUUCGAGAGGAGAUGCAGAGUCUGUGCAGCAGUGAGGAUGCGAUGGCCCUGUUGGACCACAUGGAGACACAGUACUAUGAGCUGCAGCUCCAGCUCUACGACAUCCAGGCCGAGAUCUUACAGUGUGAAGAGCUGCUCCUCACCGCUCAGUUAGACAGCAUUCGUAGACAGAUGACAGAGCGUCAGGACGAGGUGGUGUACUAUGACACCUUUGAAAGUGCAGAUGAUAUAACAGAGGACGAUACCGCAGAGAGAGAAGAGCUGCGCAGACUUCAGGUCAACGCUCGACAGCUGGAGGCGAGAAGGGGGCGCAUCACGGCCAAGCGCUCCUAUCUAAGGAACAAAAGAGAAAUCUGUGUAUCCAACCACACUCAGAAACAGCAGAGACGUCAAACCCUCCACAAGGACUCCAUGUCCCAUCAUGUCUUACAGCUAAAAAAUGAAGAAGAGGAAGACGAGGUGAGGAAGAACAGCAGAGUAAGUCAAGAGAGGCAGAGGACUCUGGACAGACUACGCACUUUCAAGCAGCGGUACCCUGGUCAGGUGAUUCUCAAGUCCACUCGGCUACGCGUGCCUCACACCAGGAGAAGAGACCGAGGAAGAAACGUGGACAUGAGCAGCGUGAGCGAGAGGGAGGAGCACAUGGACUCUGUCUCCGUCCAGACGCAGGGCCAGCCGCUGUGCCUGAGCACCAGCGUUCAGACGGACCCCAGCCCCAGCUCCACCCUCACCACUCAGCCCGUCACGGGCCUCACGGCGUCUCUUCCCCCGCUGCCCGUGCCCAGCCCUGCGGACUCCACCUGCUCCCCUUGCUCCCUGUCCUCACUGCUGGCUUCCCCUGUUUCCCCUCCCCCUCCCCCACCUCCUCCUCCACCCCUGCCGCUAACGAAGGAGGAACUGUCGCCUUCCGGGACCCCAGGCCGGCACGGGGAGAGGGCUGAGGGGAAGAGCGCGGCAGAAGAGCUCCCCCUCUCCCCGCUCGGCCCCUUCAUCCCUCGCUUUUUUGACAGCAGCCAACUGGUGAGCGCCCGCAAGAAGCUGAGGAAGACUCCAGAGUUUGACGCCCACAGCAGAAGAGUGAGCUCACCCAUGGACGAGGUGCUCGCCUCCCUGAAGAGAGGCAGCUUCCACCUGAGGAAGGUUGACCAGCGCUCCCUGCCUGCCUCCAAGGGCGACGACGACCCCAACAGCAUCCUGGCCCAGAUUCGCAAGGGCGUCAAGCUUCGGCGCGUCCCCUGUAAAGAGAGGAAAGACCAGGGAGAGCUACCGGCCUCCACCGACCCCCUGACCAGGAGCAUACACGAGGCGCUACGCCGCAUCAAGGAGGCCUCACCGGAGUCUGACUCGGAUGACGACGGGCUGGCCGGCCAUGACUGGGAAAGCUAGGGCUCGAGGGCUCAACAGAUAACACCCUUGAUCAUUGCACCGUCUGGCACUGCACACACCAUACUGUACUGUACUGUACCGUACUGUAAACACACAUAAACGAUACUCGCUGAAGCACACACAGCCCGGUCACACAUGUACCGACAUGUACUGACGCCAAGGCCAGAGUCGCACCUGUUAUCACAAACUCACCAAUUGCUCCAAAGGUCAAACCGUUCAUUUGGAUUUCGCAUUACACUCACCGUCAUGAAGGACAUUAUUUGUGUUUUUAUCUCACUGUGGUUUUAUUCCUGAAAUCACUCUGUACUGACGUUAUUUUAUUUUAUUUUAUUUUUUUAUUUAUAUCAACUGUACUGUUUAACUGCUCUGCACGUAACAUUUUUCACCAACACACUGCACUGACACUACAUGUGAAUCUGUAUAUUGAAAGUCAUCAUCAGCGCUGAAGAGUCUGUGACCUGUUCACUUGCCACAGAGCAUGAGAAACUGUGACCGCAGCAGAAAUAUGUGAUGUUCAUGGCUGGGUGACUCGGGGUCAGACCACACAACGAUUCUAAGCCAUCAGAUUGCUGGAUUUUCUGUCCACAUUAUAAACCAUUGCACCGUCAAACAUCACCGGUUUUCUGUUUGUUUAUCAACCAUGCACCCUGACUGAGCCUCACUUUUUAUCUCCCGUCUGAUUUCAUUCUACUGUCUGGUAUGCGUGGUAGUGUUAGACGACAUAGGAGCCGCUGCUCGUCUAAUCAGACGAAUUCUGUAAAUCCUUCAGUCUGUAACACCAGAUUUGUGCUCCUCCCCCCACUCUUGCCUCUUCUGGCCUUUGUCGCCCCCAACUCUCACCCCCUCGCUGGGUGAGGGAAUAUGUAUCGACCCAUCUGUUCGCCCACGGCAUAUGGCUCGGCUGGUGGGAGAUAUAAAGAGGGUAGUAUAAGGUUCAUCAUUAUUCGCCACAUCUAAUCUGAAGCAGGUCACCUAUAAAAGGAGAGGAUUAGAAAAGGGGUCAUUGGUGGCGUUGGAGCGUUGGAGGUUGACAUCGUGGUCGUUGGUUGGCGAUUCCCGAACUUUACAUGUGGGAAAGUUGCGGCAGAGCUGUGGAACGCCGGGUCGCGCUCGUUUGAGUGAUAGAUGGCACGUGGGAGUCUAGAUUCUCUCGGCGCAGUGGGGGGUCGGAGUGGGCCAUGGAGCAGGCGGCCGUGAUUGAUGUGGUUUCUCCUGGCAUCUUUUUUACUUUCCCUCCUCCUCUUUAUUGCAUCUUCUCUAAUUUCUUUCUCUGCACUCAGUGGGAAGAAGCACACAGUAGGAGGUCCGUUACUCAGUGCUGGAGGUGAAGUCAUGCACACAUGGACUUGCACAUUAAAGUCACAGCCAACAUGUGCACAAACAUUUAAGUGGCGAAGUGAGUCCUCACAUAGUUUCUGUUUUUUUUUUUUUUUUUUCCGUAAAUGGAUUCAGCACUUUGAUGAAACACAGUACAAACUCUUAAUCACUUUGUCUGUACAGCAACAGUUUUCUGAAAUAUAUAUCUGUAGUAGCUGAGCAGCUUGUGGAAUUGGAUCUAAGUAAGUGUGAGGGAGUGGAUGAGCUGCACAGGAAUUCACACAAACAUAACUUGAAUAAAAAAAAAAAAAAGAUGUGGAUUCGUGAACUCGGCUCUGGAUCUGGAAGGGAAGAGUUUCAGCAUGCCUUGAAACAGCUUCGACGCAAAUAUUUGGCGCUUAUUCUCUCUCUUGCGCGUGUUGCGUGAGCCAUUCACGGAAUAAUCAAGAGGCAGACACCAAUAUAGAAAGAACAGGCACGGGUGUACAGUACAUGUCACAGCUUGAAAAUAUCUCAGUGCUUAAGAGGGUUUAUUAUUUUCCUGGCAGAGCACACCUGAGAUACCAGUUCACAUCCGCUGUAACUGGCGGCGCAAUGUUCUUCCAUGUUACCUUCAUCAUGUAGCAUGAGAUCUAACCCCGACCUGACGCUUUUACAUAACCGUACCCGACCUAAUGUCAUUAUAACUGACCAGGACCAAAAGAUGUUUGUACAAAUCUUGCUCCUCUAAACAGUGGCUAACAGCGUGCUUAAAUUCUGGCAAAGUGGACAUAAAACCAGUUAUCUCCCAUAUGACUGACCUGACUGAGACCUUUAAAACUAACCUGAACACAGCUUGCUUGUCUGAUAACUGUAAUUUUGCAUUUCAUUGCCUGGUUUGUGUCCGACUUCUUUUUUUUUUCUUCCAAAGCGCUUCCGGCCAAAUCGUUUUGCAUCACGUUUGCUUCUGAACAGGCCUGUCACCAACACAGGCUGACUACAGUAUAAGACCAUUUGAAUACCAUUCAGUCACCUGACGAGUGUAAUAUCAAAAAAGAGAAAUACAAGAAAAUGGUUGAAACGGUUCAGACUAAAUCAGUGAACUUUGCAGUUUUUCCACUGUAGCACAUUGACAAACUGUCCCAAAUAUCCCCCUUUUUGCCUUUUAUUCUACCAUUUUCAUUUAUUCCCGUCUUCUGUUUUCAUUUCGUUUACAGACUUGCCCUUGCAUUUGAAUAAAACCUUGUGAAGCAAA